AUAUCAAUGAGAUGGAGCUGCGCAUAGAUUUCUAGGUUUUCCUCUCGCGGCGCUGCGACAAACCGAAGCGCAUUUUGGAGGCGAUCGAUCGAUCCAGCGCCGAAUGCGCGUGCCGACCGAGGCAGGAGUGGAUGAAUGGCUCCAAAGUUUGGCGAUCGCUAAGGCGGAGCUCCAUCCCAUCCCUCUUCUCUCGUCGCGAAGAAGAUGCGGGCUCUCUCGGAGUCGCCUCCAGAUCAUGGAGGACGCCAGCGGUUUCUUCCAGCAACCAGUUCGUCACACUCGCCACAGAUGGCUCUCAUACUCGCAUUUGCGAUCGGUGGCGGAGUCACUCUCCUGGUGGUGUUCAUCGUCAGCGUCCUCUUUCUCUACUACCGAUUCAAGUCGAGCAAGACCAGCCCCUUCGAUCCAGCAACAGUUCCUCGCCUCCAAAAGUUCUCCUACCGAGAGCUCAAGGCCGCCACAGGCUCGUUUAGCAUCGAGAACAAGCUCGGGCAAGGGGGGUUUGGGCCGGUGCACAAGGGAGUUCUAAGGAAUGGCCAGGUGGUGGCAGUCAAGAGCUUGGAUUCGGCAUCGCUCCAGGGGGAGAAAGAGUUCCAGAACGAGAUGGCAGUGAUAGGCAGUAUCAGGUGUUCUCACAUUGUCGGAUUGAUGGGCUACUGCGCCGAGCGGAAGAAGAGGCUGCUGGUCUACGAGUACAUGGCCAACCGGAGCUUGCAGGAGGCCCUCUUCCACGACGGCUACCCAGUGGAGCUGGACUGGAAGAUGCGCUACAAGGUGAUCCUCGACAUCGCCCAAGCGCUCGCCUUCCUCCACUUUCGGUGCGAGCCGCCAAUCAUCCACGGCGACAUCAAGCCCAGCAACGUUCUUCUGGACGACAAGCUUUGCGCCAGGCUUGCCGACUUCGGACUGGCCAGAGUUAAGACGGAGGCGGCCCCAGACGUCCGGAGCGAGGACGUUCUUCUUAAUGGCGAGGCCGCGCAGGAUCACGACAGGGUGAAGGUGGAAAGAUUUGUGAGGGACAGCGAGAAGUGGCAUCACAAGAAGAAGAUGAGGAAGGAUGCCCUCAGCAAGAAGAAGCGCUUGUCGGCGGGGAGUAGCGUGAGAGGGGCUCCACAACACCCAGUGGCUAGCGGCAUUGAUGACAAGCAGCAACAGUCAGGGGGAUUCGAAGGAGGCGAGGAAGGUGUCAAGGCUCAGCUUCCUCCUGCGGCAGCUAAAGUUGUGGAAACGAUGGUUGUUGACCAAACCGUGGAGAAGAGCGCUGGAGGAAUGAGGGAGGAGGAGGAGGAGGUGGGAUUUUCUUUCCAUAAUGAGAGCGCAGCAGCAGCAGCAGCAGCAGCAGCAGCGGACAACACACCGCCACCACCAUCAAGCCCUCGAGUUGAUGGCGCUUGCUGGAAAGUGGAAAGCCGACGAUCUCUAGGGGCCGAUAGAAAUGAAGAUGGGACCAGCCAAGUCGUCUCUAGUCCAGCAGCUGCGAGUGACAAUAUUAAUGUUGGUCACAGGAGGGAGAGGAGGAAAAGCACAGAGUGGUGGUGGAAGCAGCAAGACGAGCGGGACGAGACCAACGCGAUUGUCAAGGACUACACGGUGGAUUGGCUCUCGUGCCAGGUGAAGAGUGGGCGAUCCAGGAGCAGGGACUGGGGCGACGCGAGCGUCGGAAACUCCUUCCAGGGGAAGAACAGCGUUCGAGAAUGCUCAAGGAGCCGGAUCCAAGCCAUGAGAACGUUCCAGCUCUCAAUCUUCGGUAAGUGCUUUCCAUUCAAGCACGGGAUCCGCCAGCGAUGGAAGAGAAAGAAAAAGCAGCACAGGAGCAGGGACGUGAGUGGAAAUCUUACCAAGAGCAGGGAAUGGUGGAGAGAGGAAUACCUCGAGGACCUGUGCAACAAGAGCAGGGAGCUCAAAGGCGGCAAGAAGAUGUCCUCGCAGAGCCGGAGCCGCGACUUGUCUUCGUGUAGCUUCGACUUUAGCGGCGAUCUCUCGAGCAAAUACCAGCACCAGCCGCAGGGUGGAGGAGGAGGAGGCCGAGAGUGGUGGAGUGGCGACUUACUCCACUGGAUCCACAGGCGGGGUGACUCCGGGACGAUCGACUUUAGCGGCGAGCUCAACAGCUUCAGCCGCGAGCUCCGCUCCAGGGAGAGAACUCUGAGCCGGGAGAGAUGGAGCGGCGAGCUGGGGAGCCGCGGGGCAGUGAGCAGCACGACGAGCAUGCGAGGGACGGUGUGCUACGCGGCGCCCGAGUAUGGCGGCGCCGGGAUCCUGUCCGAGAAGAGCGACGUCUACAGCUUUGGAGUGCUGGUGCUGGUGAUCGUGGCGGGGCGGAGGCCGCUCCAGGUGGUGUCACCGAGCGUGGAAUUCGAGCGCGCCAAUCUCACGUCGUGGGCGAGGCACCUGGUUCACAACGGGGACGUGCUGGAGCUCGUGGAUCCAUCGCUGCGAGGGGAGUUCUCGCGCGAGCAGGCGGCGCUGUGCAUCAUGGUGGCGCUCCAGUGCAUCCAGCGGCUGCCGGCGUCGCGGCCGUCCAUGGCGGAGGUCGUCCGCGUCGUGUCGGGCGAGGCGCAGCUCCCGCCGCUGGAGCUCUUCUCGCCAUCGCCGCAGAAGAUCCAAGAGCACCACACCGUGGAGCUCCCUCUCCUUGUGCCCUAAAAAUGUAAAGGCGAAGUUAUCCUUUAAGUUAAAGUUGUUAAUAAUCCUUUAGUGGGGAUUAAAUUAGGUCAGUUGUUAAUCAAUUUUAAUUCUUAUAACUUCA